AUUGAUCAAAAUCCAGCAGAUGACCGUGUCAUUAGGAUCAUGGAAAAAGCAACUAACGCAGAAAUUGAUGUAAAAAGACAAAGAAAAAUCGAGAGUAUUUCAAUGCUCAAUAGAUUGCUCAAUGCUGUUAGUGAUGACUCAAUAGAUCCCACUAAAAUAUAUCCUACCUUGAAAGUAUUAUUACAAAGAACUCAUUUUAUUUAA